CACCUCGAGGAUAAACACACCGGUCAUCCCAGCAGAAGAUGGCUCCCAACACCCCCUCGAAACCGAGAGCGCCUCGCCUCACCGCGGAUGAUCAAGUGCAGUUUCUCCUGAGCUGCAUCCGCAACGCCACAGGCGGCGGUAAAAUCGACUUCGCCAACGUCGCCAAAGAGUGUGACAUCGUGAGCAAAGGAGCCGCCGCAAAACGCUACGAGCGUCUCCUGAAAGCAAACAACAUCGCUCCAGCGGGGAGCAGCAGCAAUCUUACCUCGAAACCUACCACCGAUGAGAACAUUGAUGAGGAUGAAGUCGAUGGACUCGAGGCCGCUAGGGCUGGAGGAGGAGCAGGCAAGGGUCGCAAGCGGACUGCGGCUGCUGCCUCUGGUCGAAAGGGGAAGACGAGUGGCCUGCUGGCGCGGAAGAAGACAAAGGGUCAGCUCAUGAAGCAGAUGGCCGUGGCGAGAGCGCAUAGGUUGGUUGGGAUGAGUGAUUCCGAGGAUGACACUGUUAAGCAGGAGGAUGGGGAGGAGGAUAAGGAGGAGGAUGGCAUGGCCAUCAAGAAGGAGGAUGUGGAUGAGGAGGCGAUGCUGAUGGAAGACGAGAAUGGAGAAGGGGAGAUUGGAGCUCGCAGAGAGAUGCUGGGCUUGGGCGAGGCUGGCUUCGACGAUCGUGACCAGGAGGGGACGGUUUAGGGAACAUGAUGUGGUGAAAGCGAUCUGAAGAACUCGGUUGGAGGUUAAGUAUUCGAGGGUUGCAGAGCGUUCGUUCUAUGCCGUCUCCAGGUCUU